GUUUACACACAUGCAAACACACAUACAUACAUACAAACAUACAAAUAUAGAUCACUUAAUUUUUAAUCUUAAUUCUCAGCAUCGACGACGUCAAAAUGUCCACUGCGCCCAUCUACAUAUCGAUGCUGGAAGCAAGUUUUCAACCGAGAGGAAGUAGUCAACGAGGAAACGAUAAUGAAAGGCAAGGUCUCUUUCAAGAAAACGGUUGCGAGAAGAACUCCGAGAAGGCUCGUGAGAAGCCGGUCAAAGAAUCGAUAUUUUCAAUAUUCGAAUUCUCAAAGUCGGAGUCAAAUUUGAAUGCACAGGAGAAGAAAACCGAGAAUGAAAAGCAGAAAGAGAUUGAGAGGAAGACCAAGGAGAUUGAGAAAAUCGAGAAAGAAAAUGAAGAGAAGAUGAGAAAGAUAAAAAAGAAGAUGAGAGAAGAGGGGAAAAGACUAGCGAAGGAGAAAAAGAGAGAGAUGGAGAAGAUGAUUCAUGAGGAUACGAAAAGAGAGAAGGAAAAGAUAAAUAUUGAAAAAAAGGAGAUUGAAAACGAAAUAAGCCAAGUUAAGGCCGAUUACAAAGAGAGGAAGAAGAGAAAAGACUUGUCAAGAGCAGAAGAAAGACGAGUACAUGCGGAAUAUGCAAAAUUGUAUCCUUCAUCGCCGGAUGAGCAAGCACGUCGUGAGACUCACAUGCGCUUGCAGCAAGGAUGGCGUUAUUGUGAUGAAAGGGCGAAGUACGAGAGAGAUCAUCAGAUAGAACAGUUGAAGUCGAAGUUGAAGGCGCUGGACUUGCAAUUCACAAUAGCAGGAGAAGAGGUAUUACGAUACUACCAGUUGAAAGAAGAGGAUGAAAUAUCCAAGGAGCAAGCAAGAGAACGAUUGAGAAGAUCCACACAGGCCAGGGAAUCUGCAGCGCAACGCGGACAGUCCGCACAAUCCAGAGAAGAAGAACCCACUAAGAAAAGCGCCUCAUCCGUCGUCUCUCAAAAAGUCAACCCUUGUCUGGAAGACAAUCCCUUCUAUGUGCCUGGCGAGUUCAAGUAUCAGCAGAUGGGAGAGUGGGAUACAGACACUUGCAAGGAAUGGGUCUAUGAUUCUCUUGAGAAUGGUCUUACAGGCCUUGAGCUACAGCGGUUAUAUUGUCAACUAAGAAAUAUGCCACCUAUUUGUGGAAAACACAUGUUUGGGGCGACGGAAGAGGAGUGGGUUAAGUGGUUGGGUACUUAUGGCCUACUGGUCCAUGACAAGUUGCAGAAGAUCGCUGAAGUGGGUAAGGUGGACAUGUAG